AUGGUGACAACGAAGAUUUGCAAAUUUGCAGAGGGUAGAAAGCUUUCCCCACACACAGCUUGCGGUCCGGACACCGGGGAGAUGCCUGGCUGGGGUCCGGGGUCCGACUGGACUGAGUGCAGCUCUUCCUCAGAGCCGCCCGCAGCGGCCGGGACCGAGGGUGCCGGCAGCGGAUCCGCUGGACAUUCUUAUGACAAGAAUUCCAAAAGUACUGAUGGAACCAUAGAUGGACACAAAGUGAACUCACACAUAGCUAAGCUGCAAGAGUUAUGGAAAUCUCCUCAAACAAUUCACAUCCCUAAAUCAAUGACAGAUGCAUCCUUUCUAAAGCAUCCAGACCUCACCGUAGGCCAAAAGCGUUAUCUGUGCAGCAUUGCUAAGAUUUAUAAUGCAAACUAUCUGAGGACGUUAAUGAAGAGGCAGUACAUGCAUGUGAUUCAGCACAGCUCACAGAAGCCAGGUGUCCUCACUCAUCACAGGAGCCGCCUCAGCUCUCGUUACUCACAUAAACAGCAUUACCCCUUCACUACAUGGCGACACCAACUGGAGAGAGAGGACUUGGGGCCUUCUAAUAUUGUAGCUGCAUCUGCAACUGAAGUGUUCAUACAGCAUUCCCUUUGGCGACCAGUGAGAAACAAAGAAGGGUUAAAAGCUGGAUAUGCAUCUAAAACAAGAUGUAAGUCACUGAAGAUUUUUAGAAGAACAAGCAGACUUUUCAUGGAACCUGUUUCUUCAAGUGAUGAUGAAUCAUACAUGAAUGAAGAAAAAAAGGAAGAAGAUUUACUAAAUAAGUAUAUGCAAUCAAUGUCAAUUGAAGAACAGGGAGAACAUCUGAUGAAAACCUGACAGUCUCGUCUUCUGUAUUGAAUUCAAACAUUGGCCAACAUCCAGAUAUCGUGCCAAAGAUGGGGGGAAGAGGUUGUGAAUUGUUUCCUGUCUACAUUUAGGAUAGUACUGUUAUUCACU